UACGACAUCCUCCAAAUCGACUCGAAGACCCGAUUGCUCCUUGAGCGCGCCACCGACCUUAUCGUCCACGAGUAAUUUAUCGCGAGAAAAACUCUUGCGACUACACCGCCACACUCGCGUCCGCGGCCUCUGCGGCACUGGAUCAGCUCAACACUCGAGCAACCUCCAGGCAGCUGCGCUCCGAGCGUGCGUCGACGUUGUUUUCGCACUGAGACGACUGUCAGAUUUCUCAGAAAAAGCUUCUAUACCGUCCUUUGGCCAUGCCUCGUCGUUUGUCGACCUCCCUCCUCAGCAGUUCGCCUCCGACCCCCUGGCCGUCCUUUUCACCAUCCGAAAAGGGCGGUACCUUCGUCAACAAGACGUCCCAGAAAGCAAGCAAAAUCGCGCAAUUUUUCUCGACCUCACCCAAAUCCAAAGAAGCACAAACUGCGGCAGCUGCGCUGUUAGCGGCUAGCAAAGCUCAAGAGCAGGCAUUCCUCGCUGCAGGAACAAUACCCAUCAGCACACCAUCACUGUCAUUACCUACAAUUUCCUUAUCCACCGCCCGUGCAGACGCAGUCAACAUGGACGAACCACCGACAACGCUGUUUCAGCCGCCUUCCGUGGCCGAAACGAGAAAGCUUGCCCGGCAACACGCUGAAUUUGGACCUUUAAACUCUCAGUCGCACAGAUAUACAAGUCGACACCAAGGUGGCGAAUUCCCUGAACCUGUCAUGGACGAACCGCCCUAUUACUAUCUCUUGACAACCUACAUUUCCUACCUCAUUCUCAUAAUAUUCGGUCACGUCAGGGACUUCUUCGGCAUGAAGCUCAAGGAAGACAACUACCGGCACUUGAAAGCGCGGAACGGCUAUGCUGCGCUCAACAGUGAUUUUGAUAACUUUUACGUCCGCCGAUUAAAGAUGCGCAUCAAUGAUUGCUUCAAUCGGCCAACCACCGGCGUUCCCGGUCGUUACAUUACUCUCCUGGACCGCACAUCAGAUGAUGGAAACUACCAUUUCUCCAUGACAGGAACCACAACCGAGACACUAAACAUGAGCUCCUACAACUACCUUGGAUUCGCUCAGUCCGAAGGUCCCUGCGCAGAUUCGGCCGAGGAGACGAUCAAAAAGUACGGACUUUCAACAUCUAGUUCCAGGGCCGAUGUUGGCACUUCAGAAUUGGCCGUCGAAUGCGAGGAGCUCAUUGCCAGUUUCGUGGGCAAGGAAUCCGCGAUGGUGUUCUCUAUGGGAUUCGGAACGAAUGCCUCCAUCUUUCCAGCCCUCGUUGGUAAAGGAGAUUUGAUUAUAUCUGACGAGUUGAAUCAUGCCUCGAUUCGCUUCGGUUCAAGGUUGUCUGGCGCAAUGAUCACCUCCUUCAAGCACAACGAUAUGCAGGAUUUGGAAGUUAAGCUUCGUGAAGCCAUCUCCCAAGGUCAACCCCGCACGCACCGACCAUGGAAAAAGAUUCUGGUGGUUGUUGAAGGCUUGUAUUCUAUGGAAGGUACCAUGUGCAAUCUUCCAGGCAUUAUCAGGCUCAAGAGGAGGUACAAAUUCAACUUGUUUGUCGAUGAGGCUCACUCGGUUGGUGCAUUGGGUCCUCGUGGACGAGGUGUGUGUGACUAUUUUGCAAUCGACCCGGCAGAGGUGGACAUUCUCAUGGGCACUCUUACCAAGUCUUUUGGCGCCAAUGGAGGCUAUGUGGCCGGAGACAAGGUUGCCAUUGACAAACUGCGAGUUUCGACUGCGGGUGUGACUUACGGCGAGACCCCUCUACCUGUGGUUCUGGCACAAAUCAUCGCAGCCCUCAAGCUCAUCAAUGGUGACAUCAGCCCUGGUCAGGGUGAAGAGCGUCUUCAGAGAAUCGCCUUCAACUCGCGCUAUCUUCGACUGGGUCUCAAACGGUUGGGGUUCAUCGUCUAUGGUAAUGACGAUUCGCCCAUCAUUCCAGUGUUGCUCUACAACCCUGCAAAGAUGCCUGCCUUCUCCCACGAAAUGCUCAAGCGCAAGAUCUCGGUCGUUGUCGUCGGCUACCCGGCUACCCCUUUGAUAUCGUCACGAGCACGGUUUUGCGUCUCCUCGGCGCAUAACAAGGACGAUCUCGAUCGCCUCUUGGCAGCAUGCGAUGAGAUUGGUAACGUCCUCCAGCUCAAGUUUGCAAGCGGCAUCGCUGGCGGUGCUCCUCCGCUGACCGAUGGCGCUUCCUGGGAGGUGGAACACAGUCGCAAGCGAUUGGAAAAGCAUGACAAGGUUGCUAAGUCGAUGGUGCAUGCACCACGAUGGACCUUGGACGAGGUCAUCAAGCGUGGCGUUCAGGAUGUGAAAUUACCACUGCGAUAAGUUCCGAAAUGAUUGAAGGUACUGAGCAGUACGAUCUGAUUAUGCGUGCGCUUUUAUUGUGCGACGCCGUUCUUGAAUCACCACCAUUGCAAGGUGUUGUGAUUGUCAUUCUAUGUUACUGUUCAUCAGAGCCGAGGCGCAAGGCUGAUUGUACAUAUUGUUUUUCUACGGAUUGCGCCGGUC